CGAGAUGGAAUUCGAUGCUGUCGAAAGCGAUUAAAUCUGUUUGUUCAACGGUUGGAUUUUUUUUCAAAGGUCAAUGAGGACAUGUUUUGCGUUAGUGUAAAAUAAAUAUUGAGUGAUUUUCAUCGCACAUUACUUUGAAACAUUUUUCGUACUCGAUAUCAAUUUGGUUUCAACUUUCAACGGUCACCAUACAGCUCAACAAGUGCUCGCAAAAUGAAGGCUAGUUUAUUUUGCAUCGUUUUCUCUCUGACGGUGAUUGCCAAUGCAUACGCCGGUAAUACUGUCAGUGUCAAUAGUGGUGCUACAAGUCAAGCUCAAGUCGUCCAAGCGCAACCUGGAAAUAAUAAUUUUGAUCCUUCGAUGGGUGAUCUUACCGAUACAAUCAACGCCUUGAUUUACGGAUGCAGUAAUUAUUUGCCGAUGGUUGACGCGUACAUGAAAUCUCAGAACGAUAAUCCCAAUUUCCUGUCGGGUGAAACGGAUGUUAUUACUUUGCAAGUCUCGGUUGAUUCCACUUUCAACGCGUGUAAAAAUAUAUUGAACGUUAUUGCUGCUUAUCAGCUCGUCAUUAGUGAUUAUAAGCCGUAGGUUAAGAGUUUAAAUUAUGAUUGGUUUAAUUUAGUCAAUAAAUGGUUUAAUGCAAGUUA